CCACCAUAGCAACCACCACAGCAACAACCACCACAGUCUCAACAACCAUUCCAACAACAACUGCAUGGACAGCACCAGCGAUAUUCUAUCCAUUCGGCUCAGCGGCAGGAGACACAGAACAGUUAGAAAAUGGUGGUGAAACCUACAUAUACGUUUCCUUCUCCAAGCCAUUUAUGUUCUUUGGCCGCAAGUACAACAACGCAUACGUUAAUAAUAACGGACUCCUUUCAUUCAGCCGAGCUUUACCAGAAGCUAACCCUCCUCAAUUUCCCGCAUAUGGAACUGAAGAUUUCAUUGCUCCGCUCUGGACUGAUCUCGAUGACAUUGGUAUAGGCAAAUACUGGUAUCAGCAGUACACUAAUGGAAGUGUGCUCACUCGCGCCACUCAGGAUAUAAACCAGUAUUUCCCUCAUAUGGGCUUUUCUGCUUCUUGGGUCUUUGUUGCGACAUGGGACUAUGUUCAAACAUCUGAUAUGAAUGUAUUCAAUCUUCACUCAGCACCGGCAAUCACCUUUCAAUUGGUUUUAAUUUCAGGAGGUGAUUUUUCUUUCAUUCUGAUGAAUUAUGGUGACUGUGCUGGUACAUAUUUUCCAGUGGAGGCUGGAUAUGACACAAUAAACUCCACUGACUACCAUGUAAUUCAUUAUGAUUCUAAUGGCAACCUCCCAAACCUCAAGAACACGAGUAACGUAAAUGUUCCGGGUCGUUGGGCGUUUCUUGUGAACAACGGAACAGAAAAUGUCAUAGGAGUUCAAAUGAAACUUAGUUCAUUUUUAGACCUGACACAGCCUGGAAACGCUGAGGUUGUUUUGCAGCAAAUCAAACAAGAGCUGGUCAAUCGUGGAGUGUCAAGUUCCGUUGAGAUGAAGUUAAGAAAAGUCAAAAAGACACAGCUGUAAUACAAGACUUAAACCGUUUCAAAUGGUGACCUUGAAUAUGUAGAAACUGAUAAAGAGAAGAAUGUCACUCUGCAGGAAGGGAACCUUUAUAUUUUCUCACCCUUCCACUUCUUAUUCUCACAUACAUAUACAUAUAUA